GGCGGGGCCUCGCUCACCGCCCCCCCGCCCUCCGCCGCCGCCGCCGCCGUCGCCGCCCGGCCCGGCCCAGCCCCGGGUAAAGUUUCCCCGCGAGCACAUGACUCGCAAUGGCCGCGGCCGCCGCUCGUUAAGCCGCUCCCCGGUUCUCCCCGCCUUACACCGGGUCGCUCCCCGUGGCUUCUCCGCCGCCGCCGCCAUGCAACCGCCACCGGGAGCUUCCCCGGUUUAAGGAUCUCGGUGCGGAGCUUCCGUGAUCAGUGUCGCAGGACCCGGUGCCACCAGAGAGGACAACCGCCGGGCAGCGGCUCACCUGGGGUGCCCCAUGCUCUGCUCGGCCCCCGCACCCCACGCCUGAGAUCCCCCCUGCGCCGGAGACCCCGCCAUGGCCAGCAACAGCAGCUCCUGCCCCACGCCUGGGGGGGGGCACCUCAACGGUUACCCCGUGUCCCCCUACGCCUUCUUCUUCCCCCACAUGCUGGGGGGGCUCUCGCCGCCCAGCACACUGGCCGGCAUCCAGCACCAGCUGCCCGUCAGCGGAUACAGCACCCCCUCGCCUGCCACCGUCGAGACGCAGAGCACCAGCUCGGAGGAGAUCGUGCCCAGCCCCCCCUCGCCCCCCCCUCUGCCCCGCAUCUACAAGCCCUGUUUCGUCUGCCAGGACAAGUCCUCCGGGUACCACUACGGGGUCAGCGCCUGUGAGGGCUGCAAGGGUUUCUUCCGCCGCAGCAUCCAGAAGAACAUGGUGUACACGUGCCACCGGGACAAGAACUGCAUCAUCAACAAGGUGACGCGCAACCGGUGCCAGUACUGCCGCCUCCAGAAGUGCUUCGAAGUCGGCAUGUCCAAGGAGUCCGUCCGCAAUGACCGGAACAAGAAGAAGAAGGACGUGCCCAAGCCGGAGUGCUCGGAGAGCUACAUCGUCACGCCCGAGGUGGAGGAGCUCAUCGAGAAGGUGCGCAAAGCCCACCAGGAGACCUUCCCCGCGCUCUGCCAGCUCGGCAAAUACACUACGAAAAACAGCUCGGAGCAGCGAGUCUCGCUGGACAUCGACCUGUGGGACAAGUUCAGCGAAUUGUCCACCAAGUGCAUCAUCAAGACGGUGGAGUUUGCCAAGCAGCUCCCCGGCUUCACCACGCUCACCAUCGCCGACCAGAUCACCCUCCUCAAAGCCGCCUGCCUCGACAUCCUGAUCCUGCGGAUCUGCACACGCUACACGCCGGAGCAGGACACCAUGACCUUCUCGGACGGGCUGACGCUGAACCGCACGCAGAUGCACAACGCCGGCUUCGGGCCGCUCACCGACCUGGUCUUCGCCUUCGCCAACCAGCUGCUGCCGCUGGAGAUGGACGACGCGGAGACGGGGCUGCUCAGCGCCAUCUGCCUCAUCUGCGGAGACCGCCAGGACCUGGAGCAGCCCGACAGAGUGGACAAGCUGCAGGAGCCACUGCUGGAGGCGCUGAAGGUCUACGUGAGGAAGAGGAGGCCCAACAGGCCCCACAUGUUCCCCAAGAUGCUGAUGAAGAUCACGGAUCUGCGCAGCAUCAGCGCCAAGGGCGCCGAGCGGGUGAUCACGCUGAAGAUGGAGAUCCCGGGCUCGAUGCCGCCGCUCAUCCAGGAGAUGCUGGAAAACUCGGAGGGUAUGGACACACUGGGGGGGCAGCCGGGCGGCCCCCGCGCAGGCAGCCUGGGGCCCCCCCCGGGCAGCUGCAGCCCCAGCCUCUCGCCCAGCUCCAACCGCAGCAGCCCGGCCACGCACUCGCCGUGACCCGCGCCCGGCGUGCACCAGGACACAGCCCGGCAUGCCGGCACACGGUGGGGGGGACACCCUGCGCCCCAGCCCUGGCUGCAGCCCCCCCCGGGGCGGACUCCUCGCCGGCGCAGCCCCAGGACCCCCCCAUGGGGAACCCCCGGACCCUCCGCAGCCCUGGGUGAAGUGCGUUGGUUGAGUCACAUUUCAGUGGCGCGGGGGCCUCGGCCGUGGGGACCCCCCGGCCCCACCAGCACCAGCACACACGGGAUCGCGACCACCAAGCCAACCCCCCCGGCCCCCCCCGGCCGGGAGGACCCGGCCAGACCCCGCACGCCGAGGGAGCAGAGUCAUUUAAAAGAGAAAGAAAGCAAAGUAUAUAUAUAUAAAUAUCUAUAAAUAUCUAUAAAUACGUUUUAAAACCUUUGUAAAA